CUUCUGUGUUCUUCGAAGCACAGAGAGAACGAAGAAUCAGAGAAGAGAGAAGCAGUGAAGCAAAAGGAGAGCUCUGAAAAGCAGUCGAGAAUGGCGGAUUACCAUUUCGUUUACAAAGAUGUAGAAGGGGCUUCGACUCAAUGGGACGAUAUCCAAAGAAAGCUUGGGAAUUUACCGCCAAAGCCACCAGCGUUCAAACCUGAUCCUUUCGAACCUGCACCCGACCCGGAUUCAGCCCCGAAGGACAAGUCUUGGAUCGAUGAAAAGACUGAGGAAGAACUUGAAGACCUCGAAGAUGAUCUCGACGAUGAUCGAUUCCUUGAAGAAUACAGAAAGAAGAGGCUAGCUGAGAUGAGGGAAGCAGUUAAGAUUUCAAAGUAUGGAUCAGUGAUACCGAUUUCAGGAUCCGAUUUCGUGCGUGAAGUUUCACAAGCUCCUCAGGAUGUCUGGGUGGUUGUCAUUCUCUACAAAGAAGGAUUCCCAGAGUGUGGGCUGCUUUUGCGGUGUUUGGAAGAAUUGGCAGUUAAAUACCCAGCGACAAAGUUUGUCAAGAUAAUAUCUACCGAUUGCAUUCCUAACUACCCAGAUCGUAACCUUCCCACUCUCUUGGUAUAUAACAAUGGAGCAGUGAAAGCGAAUUAUGUGGGCUUGCAUAGUUUUGGCAGGAGAUGCACGCCUGAAGGUGUGGCCUUAGUCCUCUGCCAAUCAGAUCCUGUACUAAAUGAUGGCCAAAGUGGAAGCGAUCCAUCAAGAAAAGCUGUUCUUGAAGAUGUUCAAAGGAGGUUCAUAGAGAAAGUUGUUACGGAGCAUGAAAAUCAUGAUGACAAUGGUUCAUCAAGUGAUUAGAAGUUUGGUAAAUUCUUCUGGUUUCUUUUGGUUAGAAACAGAAGCAUUACCAUUGACAGACAAACUGCAGUUCAUGCUCUCUUCCUACUGCUUUUUGUUUUUUUUGAAGUUUCUGUUCAUCACCUGCUCAACAAAACAUUCUAAUUUUGAUGUUUGUCCAUGUGUUAUAAUUCUCCACUCUAGUUUGAAUCCGUUCAUGAUAUUUUUGUUUUGCCUUUGAGGUUUUAGUAAUUGUUAUCUCUAUUGUUUA